CCAUCGUGUGUUUUCUGAAGGCACGCCAUGAUGAAGGCUCGGAGCCGGCUGACGGCUUCCGUCUCGGUCACUGCAGCUGUUAGUUUCGUCUCUUUUCAACAAACAAGGGCAAUGGUCAGUCUACACGGCAAUCAAGCCUUGACGACAUCGUUUCGUAUGCGCCAUACGGAUCGUCUACACGCCGUCACGGCUCGGCCACCCGAUCCGAAUUCUCUACUUUCCGCAACGGACCAACAAGAGUGUAUUGAUACGCUGCUCGCCUGGUUUGCCGGUAAAUCGCAAAUACUGUGUCUGACGGGAGCGGGCUUGUCUACGGAGUCUGGAAUUCCAGACUAUCGGGGUAACAAUGGAAGCUAUCAUCGUGGACAUAAACCGAUGGUGCACGAUCAAUUUAUGAAAUCGGAAUGUCAACGCAAGCGAUACUGGGGUCGCGGUAUGGUGGGGUGGAAAUCUUUCGAUGAGACGGCGCCAAAUGCCGGGCACGUGGCGCUAACCGAGUUGGAACGUCUGGGACGAAUCGGCGGUCACGACGAUGACUUGGAAUGGACGUUUCGUUCUGGUCACCGAAAAUUAUCACUCAUUACCCAAAACGUGGAUACCCUGCACCGCCGAGCUGGAACCAAGCACUUGAUUGAGCUCCAUGGACGCACCGAUCAGCUGGAAUGCAUGCAAUGUGGUACAAAAAGAGACCGCAAUAGCUUUCAUGCCGAAUUAGAAGGUCUUAAUACGGAUUGGCUAAAUAGGGCAUUGGCUACAACGGACAAUGACGAUAUGCGACCAGAUGGAGAUGCAGCUGUAGGGAUGGAAGAUUUCGAGUCCGUACAGGUUCCGCCCUGUCAGUCUUGCGGAGGCUUCAUGAAGCCCAGCGUGGUUUUCUUUGGUGACACAGUACCAAGGAAUCGUGUCGCACAAUGCCAAACCGCAGUGGAAAAAGCAGAUGGAUUGCUCGUCGUUGGAUCAUCUUUGGCGGUCCAUUCGGCUUUUCGCCAUGUAAGAGCAGCAUCAAAAUUGGGUGUACCGAUUGCCAUUUUAAAUGUCGGUGGAACGCGUGCGGAAGCCGAGGGUUUGGAUGUCCUGAAAAUCGAGGCACCAACAGGGCAGACCUUGGAAGGAGUAGCGAAGGUA